UCUCAGUUGUCACAGUGAGAGAAAAGUUACUUCUGUAAAAAUUCAUAGAAAGUACAUCUGCUUGCUACAUAUCGUGUUAAGGACACGUAAACGAGAGGACUGGAAUUUUAAGUUUUGUUUUGGAACAAUAAGAAGAUGGCAAGCAAAAGAUGUCUUAGUGUUACAAAGUAUUUCCUUUUCAUCUUCAACCUGUUUUUCUUUAUGCUGGGUGGCGUUCUGCUUGCAUUUGGCCUAUGGAUUCUCUUUGACAAGAGCAGCUUUGUUUCCACAUUAGGAAUAACGACUUUUAGCAUGAAAAUCUGGUCCUAUUUCUUCUCAGGUGUGGGCACCUUCACUAUGAUGAUGGGUUUCCUGGGGUGUCUUGGAGCCCUUAAGCAGCUUAAGUGGAUGCUUGGAUUUUAUUUCUUCCUUCUUAUUCUUCUGUUUGCUGCACAAAUCACACUUGGAGUACUGGUAUACACGCAGUUAGGAAUGAUAAAAACAAAGGUUGGAGAAUACAUGGAACAAAAUAUUGAACACUAUGGUGGCCCUGAUAUGCAACCAGAUGUAACAGAAAGCUUGGAUGUCAUUCAGCAGCAGCUCCGGUGUUGUGGGUGGAAGUCGUCAGCAGAGUGGAAAGAGAACAUUGUGAUAAAAAAAAACAGCAGCAGUAGCAGUGGGUCACUGUACCCCUGCUCUUGUACGAACAACACAAUUGAUUACAGCUCUGAAGAAAUGAAUGUCACCAGGAUAUCGCCAGAAGGUCAUAGCCCACCAAGCAGUCUUUUCUGCAAGGCAGAUCCCUAUGAAGUUUGGUCAAAGGGUUGUAUGGAUGUUUUAGUAACGUGGCUGAAAGACAAUCUUAUACACAUCAUUUUGGUGUGUCUGGUGAUAGCAGUAAUAGAGCUAUUUGGAAUGAUAUUAUCGAUGUUUCUGUGUAGAAACCUGGACCAGAAUUAUGACAAACUUUCCAGAUAUCGUUAAACCAGCCCUGAGAAAGGCAGACAAAUGUGUGACUGAAGACCGACCAAUUUUUUCUUUUCACAUUUCUGCUUUGAAGGGAACUGUUUCUUUAGGCAUUUCUGACCAAUAAAAGAUGAGUUAUUAGCAGCUGUUCUGUAACCCAGGACCAAACAAUUUAGAAAUUUGAUACUGUUGGCACAUUGUUUUGAUAUGCAGGCCUACUGUCAACCAUCGUUAGUACUUGUACAAUUGAUGAUUUUGUGUUUUAAGGCUGUAUGUUUGACUCCCAACAUAAACAGUUCAUCGGACUUACUUACACCAAGCUGCACUGUAUUUUUAUAGGUGCAUGACUAAAUGUAGGUUUCUAUCACAUCUAAAUGGUGCAGCAGUUUUCCAUGUUGCCAGUUAGAUAAUGACCAUAUCUAGAAGAGAUUAAAACCAACGCAAUAUAUUCCUUGUGUGGUGUUUGAAAUUAGUAAAUAGUGCCAGCAUGACCAAGGAAUGAGUUACAGAUGCAGCCUUUUCCAAUGUGCGCUAACUUAUAUGGCCAAUGUUUUAAAUUCAGCUUUGUUAAUCUGUAGCUUCAGGUUUGCUCAAAGAUGGUAUACAUAACAGCAGUUAAACAAGCUGGUGGGAUUUAUGUAAUCGAUACUGUAAUAGAUACAUUUUACAAUGACCUUCUUUGUGGGUUCAGUUUUGCCUUCUUGGAAUUGUUUGUAUAGAAAGCAGACAUGUAAAAUAUUUUUAUAUGUUUUAAAAGUGUAUAUUGUUAUAAAUGUGUGUCCAUUCAGACUUCUGAAUGUUGACGAUGCUUCUUUCUGAGAACAGUUUUGUAAAUUGCACAAGAAAUAAUAAUAUGUGGAGUAGUGCGCACGUUUCUGCCUAGCUAAACUUUACUGCUGUGCUGCUACAAGUGUUUUGUGUAGUGCCACGGCCACGUAACCACUGAAGUUAGAACCUUCCAGCAUAUAGAUUGGUCAGAGACUAAAAAUUCCAGUUUUCAAAGUGCUGUUUCUAGAAAUGUACACAGCGGAUAUCAUUUUACAAUUGACUGCUGCUGACUUGGAGCAUAUCUUAAUGCCACAAUCUGGAGAAUGGACUGCUGUCUUUUCAUCCACUUCUGUCCCAAAGACCACAGAAGUUCUACACUGAAGAUAAAACAUGAAAUAAUUAUCCUGUCCUAAUGUCUUAGUAAGUAAACUAUACUCAUUUCCUUCCCAUCUUCCAUUUUGGAAAUGAAACGCUGUUGUUAAACCAGCAGCUACCGGUGGUGAAUUUCUUGUAAGAGCAGUGAAAUCUGACAGUGCAUGCCUUCCUGGACCACAGAACUGUAUUUUGUGAAUCUGAGUACUACAAUACAAAUCCUGACAAUUUAGUAUUUACCGGUCAUUUAUAUAUUAGUGCACAGUAUGUUGACUGCUGCUGGACUUAUAAAAGUAGGAAGAGCAACACUUCACAAAUAAGGAUAAUCUGUGUGUCAGACAAGUGGAGCUGUAAUUUGUUUUGCAUUUUAAGGCAUGCACAGCUCAAUAAAAAUGUGAAGUGAUCUGCCCCCGUAUACCAUUUAUCCAUCUAUAGCAAUCAGCAAUUAUUUGACAAACACAGGAAGCCACCAGAGGAACAAUCUGGCAGCCAGAGCAAAGAAGCAGGAAUUAUGCUUUAUCACGCUGUGGCCUUUUCACAGGGAAACAGAAGGGUCAUGGCUCCCAUUGUUAAAUUUUUGCUUUGUUCAUCUGCAGGACUGCAACAGAGCCUUUUACUCUGUCACUCAUGUUUUCUUUUUUUUACUUUGUUUAUUACUGUAGUUUUGCUAUUGUGCCAGUAAUUGUUUGUGUAUAAAGAAUAAAAUGUUCACUGCCAGA